AUGAGCAAUUUACCAGAUAUAACUCACCUCCAUGCUCAGGCUUUCCACCUAGGUUCGAUAGGAAGGAGUGAAUCUGCUCCUGCUGUCUUGCCCACUUCUUCUGUCACGGGGGUGCAGCAGAGGACGAGAACGGAUAGUGAGAAGAGUAGUCAGAAUCAACAUGGUGACAAUCAUUCGACUCUAAGGCAAAAGCCCAGUAUCGAUGAUAUCAAACCUUCCUUACCUCGAUUCUUUAGUGCUUUUGCGAUUGGUGCUGGUAACAACUGGAGAGAUAGUUAUGAAGCUAUAGGGCAUUGA